AUGGCGCUCCGACAUAAAUAUCUGCAGGGACUGUGUCAUACCCAUGAUUAUGAAGCGCAGUUCGCUGAAGUCUGGGGUGGGACCAUUGAGGAGUAUUGGUACUUCAACAACCCUACUCUUCAGUUCAGAGCCUCUACUGCUUUUCUGACAUCUACUAGGACACCGCGAACCUCAACGACCUUACGGACAUCUAUGCUACCACACUCUUUCUACCUCACCUCCGAUGUCAUUUGGCACCAGGAGCUACUCAUGAUGGCGGAUGGGUACGAAUGGGUUGAGGUUUUUCUCUUCCCCCUGCUGAGAGAGACGAGGAUGACGUCGAUGAUGAUGAUGCCUCUUGGAGGAUGA